CAUCGUUAAACAUUUUCGUUAGCUUAACCAGCUUAAGGUGGAUUUUGAAGACAUAUCCAUCGCUCUUUGCGAUAAACGCGUGUGGGUGUUCUUUAUUAUACCAAUUUCGCCUCCUUGCUGGCUGUGGUCUGGAAAGUAGGUCAUAUUAGCGCGAAGGGCGUCGUGUGAGAGCCUGUAACCCCCCCGGGCGGCCGAGCUGAGAUGAGUUAGCGAUGAGGAGCCGUAGCUCUGCUGCACAGCCACUUUGUUUUUGUUGACGUCGUCAGCGGCAGCGGUGGAAGGAGUCGACACGGAUUUCAUGCGCGUUUAACAAAUUUGAUACUCCGAAUAAACGACAACAAUGGGGCAGCUACGGCACUUUAUUUUAGUUCUUCUGUUUCCCGUGGCUUUGAGUUUAGAUUUUAUAAAGUCUGGGGCAUCACGUAACGUCUUAUUGGAGAAAAGUCGCAUCCAACCUGCAGCUGAUGUUCAGCACAACGUUAAAAAAAGAAGCACAGACCAAGGAGGAGACACUUGUAAAGCUCUGCAGGGAUACGACUCCAAAUUGUCCAGCAACACACACAGCUACGUCUUUAAUGAUCUUAGUGGAUCUGUGUCUCUGGCUUGGAUUGGAGAUGGAACAGGGGUUCUUCUGGCCCUGACUACAUUUCAGGUGCCUUUAUUCAUGCUCAAAUUUGGCCAGUCCAGACUUUAUAGGAGCGAGGACUAUGGAAAGACAUUUGAUGAUGUCACAUCUCUUAUCAAUAACACAUUUAUCAGUACUUACUUUGGGAUCGCCAUUGGCCCUGAGCAAUCCGGGAAGGUGAUUCUUGCAGGAGAUCUGUAUGGAAAUAGUGGCUAUAGAAUUUUCCUCUCCAAAGACUUCGGAAAGAGCUUCACUCAUUCAGACCUUCCUUUCAGCCCACAGAUGCAAAUCAUGUACAAUCCUCAAAACUCCAACGUACUUGUGGCUGUCAGCACCAAGAAUGACCUCUGGAUUUCUGAGAACUUUGGUGAAACAUGGAGGAACAUCCAUGACACUGUGUGUGUGGUGAAAUGGGGAAGAGACAAUACCCUCUUCUUCUCCACAAACCGGAAUGGCUCCUGCUAUGACAGAGGCGCUCUUACUUUGAGGAAGACAGUAGACAAUGGUCUCACAUUUAAGACAAUCGCUGAGAAGAUUUACUCCUUUGGGAUCGGUGGCCGUUUUUUGUUUGCAUCUGUUAUGAUGGGAACGGGUGUGAUGCGAAUGAUCCAUGUGUCUGUGGAUCAGGGUGAGGAGUGGAACAUGGCACAGCUUCCGCCAGUAGGACAUGAGCAGUUCUACUCAAUAUUGGCAGCUAAUGAUGACGUGGUCUUUAUGCAUGUGGAUGAACCAGGCGACACUGGCUUUGGCACCAUCUAUGUGUCAGAUGACAGGGGCAUGGUGUACUCCAAGUCUCUGGAGCACCACCUGUACACAGCCACAGGAGGUGACAAUGAUUUCACCAAUGUUACUUCACUCAGAGGAGUCUUCAUGACCAGCGUGCUAUCCGAGGAUGGCUCCGUGCAGACUGUGGUGUCAUUCGACCAAGGAGGAGAGUGGGUGCCCCUGAAGAAACCAGAGAACAGCAAGUGUGAUUCAACAGCUAAAGAUAAAGAUGCGUGUAGUCUACAUAUCCAUGCAUCCUACAGUAUCUCCAUGAAGGUGAAUGUGCCAGUGCUGCCUCUGAGUGAGCCCAAUGCUGUGGGACUGAUAAUUGCUCACGGUAGCGUGGGUGAUGCCAUCUCAGUAUUGACUCCAGACGUGUAUGUCUCUGAUGACGGUGGAUACACUUGGUUGCGUGCACUUGAGGGCCCCCAUCACUAUGCCAUCCUGGACUCAGGAGGCCUGCUGGUUGCUGUGGAGCACAAACCCAAUAUGCCCAUCUCUCAGGUCAAGUUUUCCACAGAUGAGGGCCAGUGCUGGCAUGUGUACAACUUCACUAAAGAGCCUCUCUACUUCACUGGGCUUGCCUCAGAGCCAGGGGCCCGCUCCAUGAACGUCAGCAUCUGGGGCUACAGAGAAGAUCUGUUCACACAGUACUGGGUCUCUGUCACCAUUGACUUCAGAGAGCUCCUUACUCGUGACUGUGGUGAUGAAGACUAUGUGCCAUGGCUGGCACAUUCAAAUGACAUCAGUGACCCUAACGAUGGCUGCAUGCUUGGUUAUAAGGAGCACUUUCUGCGACUGAAGAAGGACUCUGUGUGCUGGAAUGGGCGAGAUUACAUCAUCAGCAAGCAGCCCACACCAUGCCCCUGCACGCUGGAUGACUUCCUGUGUGACUUUGGAUACUACCGAAAAGAAAACAGCUCAGAGUGUGUGGAACAAGCUGAGCUCAGAGGCCACGAUCUAGAAAUCUGCAUUCAUGGCAAGAAAGAACACCUACAGACCAGUGGGUAUCGUAAGAUUCCAGGAGAUAAGUGUGAAGGAGGCAAAGAACCUCAAAGAAAAGUCAUUGAUGUGAGAUCAAAAUGUGUUAGCAAUCUACUGGAACCAGAGCUGCAGAAGCAGGACGAGACGAAACACUCACACUCUGCCCCUGUUAUUGUGACAGUCGUAGCCAUCCUACUCAUCAGCUGUAUAGCUGGUGUUCUUUUUGUGAAGAAGUACAUCUGUGGAGGAAGGUUCCUGGUGCAUAGGUACUCGGUUCUGCAGCACAAUGCAGAGGCUAAUGGCAUAGAAGGAAUGGACGAAGCUCUGGAUACAGAUGUGGCUGGACAUGCCAAGAUCGGCUUCCAUGAUGAUUCAGAUGAGGACCUCCUGGAAUAACAGCGAUGAUUCAGCACCAGCAGGAACAAGGGAGAUCUCCAUCUCCUUUUCCCUCAGGCAUCUUUGCUGCGGUUUAUGCUCCUGCUAGAAAGCACAACCAAGCCCCCAGGCUCUGCAAUCCUUCAGAAACACUGCUUUAGUUCUUAAUUCUCCCGUGGAGUGAAAUGCAGUUACACUGUUCCCAUUAUAAAGGUAUUUAAUGAAUGUAGAUAUAGAUUAACUCGAUCAACCAGAUAAUGCAGCGUGGCAGGCCAGUGUUUAAACAGCUACAGCUUAGAGAAUGUCAAUUCUUUCUUGCCUGGGGAGCUUAGAUCUUAUUGGUUUAAUUGGAGAAUACUUUGUUGGAUGAAAUUGCAGUGAGUUACUAUUACGGCACUUAUACAGAAUCCCCCUCUUUUAGAAAUGUACACAGUUCAAAAUCACAUCAUGAAUGGUUAUUAACAUUUGAAGCUAGCAGAGGGAAACCAAUGAAUCACAUCACUGCAAUAUUAGAUGGACAAAUGAACUGUUCUGUGGCAUUAUAUAUUUUGACUACCCUAUUGCCACACCCCUCUCUUGUUAAAUAUGAUCAUCAGAAAAUUUUUUUUGCUUUUUUGUGAUUGGAGGAUCUUAUUAAAGCAGCAAUACCAAGUGUAGAUACAGUGCAUCUGCAGAUAUAGGCACCCACAUAAACUAUCCCAUUUUUUUUUCUUAAAAGUGACAACCUGAAAUCAUGCUUCUGUGUUAGAAUAAUAGACAGUAUGACAGUUUAUGUGGCUGCAUAGUUUGUGAACUGCCUUUGCAUAUGAAGUUAAUUUAUUUUACAGUGGAACCAACAGAAGUAAGAAAGGAUAUAUAAAGAAAAGUAAAGCUGUUCUUGUAUCUAUAAAUAUCUAUAUAUCCAGAGAAAUUUUACUCUAAUAAUUUUAUAGAAGGCAGUGAUUUUUGUAAAGUUUUUGAUGGUCAGCAGUUUUUGCACUGUGAAACAUAAGGCAAGUAUGUGAGGUUUCCUGCUGCCUUUGGAAAAGUUCUGUUGGAAAUAUUGUAAUUACAACAUUUCCAGUAUUGCUUGAAGCACACAAGUAAUAUUUAACUUUUCAAGUGAGACUGUUCAGGCAAAACGUUUCAACUAAGAACUACAAUCCCAGCGUGAGAUGAGCUUAACUUGAAUACGUGUGAGAUCAGUGUUUGUAGAUACGCGCCACUGUGUUUAACUAAAGUUAAGGAAAGAAACCCAUGCAGUUUGCAGUUUCUAUGUUUGACUAUUCAAAUGCAAUAGAACACUUUACCUCUUUUUAUAAGGAUGUUCUAACUACCACUAUUUUAGUUCUAGUUUAGUCAGUGUUGUUUUCAUAGAUUAAAGCAGGGGUUUUAAUCCGGUCCUCAGGGGCCUCCAGUCAGUCCACAUUUUUCAGAUUUUGCAAUUCUUCAGCACAAUUAAGGAUAUUGCUUAAUGCAGUCAUAGCAUAACACACAAUAACCACAAAAAAUACAGAAAAUUUCAAUCCUAUUGCUGUUGAACCAAUUCAGCAUUGUUGGUAGACAAAUUUAACUAUGUACAUGUUUUGAUGGCUUUGAAAUUUUGUUUACUGUAAGUGGGCAUGUUCUUUUCGUGAUGUUGAAAAAUCUAAUAUUUGGUUUUGUGGUUUUAUCCUGCUAGGAAAAUCUGAAAAUAUGUAGCCUGAAGUUUUCAUGUGGUCCUAAAUUUUGCCACAGUCAUCACCGGUCUUAUCUGUGGGCAUAUGACAAAAUGCCACCAGAAAUGUUUUGAGAAUCACUGGAGCAGCCAUUUAUGAGCAAGGCUCUGAAAUACGAUGGUCCUAUGACUGUUCUGAGUACUUUGAGAAUGUUGCCCGACCAUCUACAGCAUUUUGAGUGCCCAGAACUGGAACAGAAUAAAACUGGACUGGCUGGCGGUCCCUGAGGUCUGGAAUAUAAACUUGUGGAUUAUAGUUCAUAUAGAUUAAGAUUACAAAGUUCUGUUACUUGCCCCUUUUUAGUUGUCAUAUAAAACUAUCUAGACUACAAAUGCCCAGAAACCCAUUUAUAAAUCUGUUAUACUCAUUUUUUACUGUUAAAUCCUACAACAAUCAAUUGUAAUAUAUGGCAGUUAUGCCUCAGUUGUUCAAUUUGAAUGGGUUUUAUUUAUUCUUUGAGAGAAGUAAUCAGUAAAAAAAUAUUAAUGUGUUCAUUCAAGUGCCUACCAUGAAGGUAAGGUGUGUGCCUUCAGAAAGAACCAUAAAGUUCAUCUUGUUAAAUAAUUAACAGAGAAGAAGCAGAUAUGUGUAUCUAAUUUCUUUGGAGAUUACUUGGUAACCAGAGGUGUUGGAACUGUUUAAGUUGUCACUUGGUCUGCCUGAUUGAAUGUCUUUCAGUACAGGCCACGUGUAAAAAUGGAAGGACUCCUAUGGUGAAGUUCGAUCUAGCCUGCUGCUUUGCAGAUUUACAGCAAUUUGAGAUUUUGGCAAUAUGUUUAAACAUAUAAACUUUGAUAUCUUCUAGAUCCCACAACAGUACUCCUGUGCAUGCUAAUUUAACAAAUACAUCAUAUCUUGUUUGGGGUGCACUGGGGAUGCUGCUUGCAGCACAAGCUCAGACUAAAGGGGUUUUCUACUUGAAGUUUUCUGCUUUGAGAGCUGUCACUUUUCUUGGUGUUGAAAAAUUACUGUAUAUAAUAGUCAUUCAUGCAGGCUCUGUAAAUAUAUACCUGCAUCAUCUUUGUACCAGCUGUUUUCACUCUGUAUAUUUGGGGAAAAAAAAUCUGUUUGACAAAU